AUGAUGCAUUCAGGCUGCAAAGAACUUCUGCUGCUUCUAUUCUUAUUCGUCGUUGUAUGCAUUGGGAACGCCGAGGCAGAUUCCCAGCGGGAGAUCUUACAUAAAGUAAGAGCUGCUCCUCAUGGGAACAUGGGACGAAAUGUUAUAGACGGAAGUGGUGUAGAGAAAACGUUCCAUGACAUUGGAAUGGGUGAGAAGAGAGGCAGUCACAACAAAGUUUCGGUCUCAACGGUUGCAUUGUUCACCUUGGCAAUGGCUGCGGCCACUGGGUUAGGUGCGGUGCCCUUCUUCUUUGUCGAGCUUGACCCUCAGUGGGCUGGAAUAUGCAAUGGCAUGGCUGCUGGUGUGAUGCUGGCCGCUAGCUUUGAUCUUGUAAAAGAAGGGCAGGAGCAUGGUUCUGGAAACUGGGUUGUUAUUGGGAUUCUAGCCGGUGGUUUGUUCAUCUGGCUCUGCAAGCAGUUUCUUGAACAAUAUGGUGAAGUUAGCAUGCUGGAUAUUAAAGGUGCAGAUGCAGCUAAAGUUGUUCUCGUCAUAGGGAUUAUGACACUUCAUUCUUUCGGGGAAGGAUCAGGGGUUGGUGUAUCGUUUGCUGGCUCAAAGGGUUUUAGUCAAGGGCUUCUGGUCACAUUGGCCAUAGCCGUUCAUAAUAUUCCAGAAGGAUUGGCUGUUAGCAUGGUGCUGGCAUCAAGGGGUGUCUCUCCCCAAAAUGCCAUGCUCUGGAGUAUAAUAACAUCCUUACCUCAGCCUAUCGUCGCAGUGCCAGCUUUUUUAUGCGCUGAUGCGUUUAGCAAGUUUUUGCCUUUUUGCACUGGAUUUGCUGCUGGGUGUAUGAUUUGGAUGGUUAUUGCUGAAGUGCUUCCCGAUGCAUUCAAGGCUUCAUUUUGUGCAAUAUGCAGCUCAGAGGAUGCUUCUGGCUUCUUCGUUUCGCUCCUCUUUGGUCUGGGUCCAUUGCUUGGCGGCGUAUUUCUGGUUGCGUCGGCACUCACAUUCCGUCUCCAGCACGCCCUUCUCAUGGGAGUAGCCUCAGGCAUUGCCUUUGUCCUCGGUCUCUGGCGUCCGCUUCAACUGCUGCUAUCCGCGAAAAUGGGAUUCAUCCCUCUGGUUAGUCUACUUGCAGUCGGAGCCGGACUGAGUCAUUUCACGAGCUCAACCAUACUUAACGUAACUUGUCGGAAAAAGUCUCGUGCUGGCAGUUUAAUAACCCCAGGAACCAACUUUCCGACCAGUGUGAUAACUCUCCAAUCAUUAUUAGCGUGUGGAGCGGUUGGGUUCCACGCACUAGCGGAGGGGCUUGCUCUUGGUGUGGCUGCUCCAAAGGCUUAUGGGCUCGGCAGACACAUGGUACUCCCGGUUUCCCUGCACGGGCUCCCAAGAGGGACAGCGGUUGCAAGCUGUGUCUUUGGGGCUACAGACAGCUGGCACGCAGCUCUUGCAGCAGCAGCUUUGAUCGGGUUUGUCGGACCCGUAUCAGCCAUAGGAUCCAUAUUAGCUGGGAUAGAUUACAGUGGACUGGACCACGUGAUGGUGGUGGCGUGCGGUGGAUUACUGCCCAGCUUCUGGCAAGUGAUUAAGAGAGCAGUGAGGCGUGCAAUAUCGGAGGAACUUGCAAGCCUUGGGGCAAGAAUUCAUACAUGUGCCAGAGACGAAUCUCAGCUUAAUCAGUGUGUACGAGAAUGGGAAAUGAAAGGCUUUAAUGUCUCAGGCUCUGUCUGUGAUAUAUCGUCCCGUGCUGAUAAAGAGAAACUGAUGCAAACUGUUUCUUCCCUCUUUGAUGGAAAUCUCAACAUCCUCAUAAACAAUGUAGGCACAUGUGUGACAAAGCCAACCAUAGAAUACACAUCAGAAGAUUUCUCGUAUCAAAUCUCGACAAAUUUGGAGUCUUCAUACCACUUGUGUCAGCUUGCUCAUCCUCUGGAUCUGGGAGCAUCGUCUUCAUAUCCUCUGUUGCUGGAGUUGUAUCUUGUAGCGUCGGAUCCAUAUAUGGUGCAACCAAAGGAGCUAUAAGCCAGCUGGCGAGGAACUUAGCUUGCGAAUGGGCUAGUGACAACAUAAGAGCUAACUCCAUUGCUCCUGGAGUCAUUGCAACUUCUGCAGCUAAAACUUUUGCUAAGAAUAUUGCACCAAAUAUACCAAUGCGUCGCGCUGGAGAGCCAGAAGAAUUGCCUGCAAUGACGACUUUUCUGUGUCUUCCUGCAGCUUCGUACAUUACAGGUCAAACCAUCUGUGUUGAUGGAGCUCUCUCUGUUCAUGCCUUUUGAUUGUGUAAUAAAACAGAGCUUUCUCUUACACCUUCCUUAACUCUGGUAUUCUCUGAGAAUAAAUGAGCUUCAGAAACUUUUAGUUUUCCAGAACUCAAUGGAUUUCUAAAAGUUAUUGUAAAAUGAACAAUGAAGUUUACAUGUGCGAUGGUCAUCAUUUAAGACCAUUUAUUGAAUUUAUUUUAUUGGUAAUUGAGAUAAAGAAAACAACAAGCUUGGCACUAAGACUAGCGCAAACAAUGACAUCCAAAUAUUAGGAUGAACCUAAAAAGGGAUUAAGUCUUAUUGAAUAGUAAACUUAACAGAACUAAGUCUUAAAAAGUUUUUUUUGUAAGAACGCAAGAUUACUGCAAAAGGUUUCAACUCAACUCUAGAUGCCCUCUUUUGUACCUAUGAACAACGGAAAACAAAGAGGAACUCUCAAAAGUUCAUGAUUUGAUUCAAAGAUCCUUGUCCUUCACUGAAAUCUCAGUCGUCUCCUCCACUGCAACCUCUGCCUUCUCUUCCACUGACUGUGAUCCAGUCAUCCUCGCCAAUAUAACAAACGACAUUCCUCCAAUGACAUUGUUCGCACACCUCAAAGCAACCACACCUGUCUUGAAAACCACAGGAGGCAACGCCUUUGCAAGCAAGAACUCGACCCCAUUCAACGUUUGGUACCUCACAUUGGCGCUCACUCCCAUGUGCGUCGCCCACGUUAGCGAAUUCAGCACCGUCGGCGGCGGUUUGUUGGGCGUUUCGAAGGUCGGGUCCAUCUUCUUCCUCAGCAUGAUCAACCCGUUAGAGAUGGCGGUUCCAACGAGACCUGCAGCUAACCCCACGGUGGCAAACACCAUCCCUUUGUAUACAAGAGUCCCAAAGCGGUUCAUGACGGUGAAGCUUCCCUGUUCGAACAUAUGGCUCGAAGGACAGUUUCUAAAGAUUCCAGGUAAGCUCUGGGAGACGCCAACAGUUGCUGCGGUGGGAGCUAAGAGGUACAUGAGCGUGAAAUUCAGAAUCGAACCUACAACGAGAGUGGAGAAGACGAAGUCGAGCUCGUUCAACCCGAAAUUGGGGCGUGACGCCAUGUCUCCGAGGACGCAGGCGGUAACUCCAACAAGCUCUUCCAUGAGUACCUUGAAAGGGAACUGAGGAUCAGCUGUAACUCGCGAUCUCCAGCCUUCGAUGAACAUCCCUAUUGGUCCCCACGAAGACGACCCUUCUUCUUCCCCGCCGCUUGAACCUCCAUAACCGCCGCCGCCUCCUCCGCUUCCACCGCCUGAGCCUGGGUUACCGAAGUUUCCACCACCGUCACCACCUCCGGCGCAUGGAACCGAGAGAUUUGGAGAGGAGAAGUUGGUGUGGAGGGAAGAAACCGAUCCAUUUCGCGGAAACGAGACUAGGGUCCUUGGAACGCGGGAGAGGUUGAUCACUCUCGGCGAUGGCAGAUUGCUCUGGUUCGAUUUGGCCGACAAAUGAAGACGCGCGAUCGCCGCCAUCUUCUCAACGGAACAACUGUGAACCUCUCUGAGAAUCGAAAAUGGCUUUUCACUAUAGAAUCUUAGGGACGGUGUGUCUCGGCAGACACAGUGUGUUUGGUGAAAUCCGAAAUUGGAACCUCGACCUCAUCUACCUUUUUAAAAACCCUAAUUGUUUACAACAAUCAAACCUCUCAAUCGGCCCAUUUCCCACGUGCGGAAACUAAAGCAGG